AUGAGGAGACGAGGAAGGGUCACCAGGAGGGGUCGAGGGCAAAGGAGGGUCGAGGGCAAAGGUGAGGAGACGAGGGAGGGGUCACCAGGAGGGGUCGAGGGCAAAUAUGAGGAGACGAGGAAGGGGUCACCAGGAGGGGUCGAGGGCAAAGGAGAGGAGACGAGGAAAGGGUCACCAGGAGGGGUCGAGGGCAAAUAUGAGGAGACGAGGGAGGGGUCACCAGGAGGGGUCGAGGGCAAAGGUGAGGAGACGAGGAGGGGUCCCAGGAGGGUCGAGGGUAAAUAUGAGGAGACGAGGAAGGGGUCACCAGGAGGGUCGAGGGCAAAGGUGAGGAGACGAGGAGGGCACCAGGAGGGGUCACCAGGGGGGUCACCAGGAGGGGUCGAGGGUAAAUAUGAGGAGACGAGGGAGGGGUCACCAGGAGGGGUCGAGGGCAAAGGUGAGGAGACGAGAAGGGGUCACCAGGAGGGGUCCCAAAGUGAGGAGACGAGGAAGGGGUCACCAGGGGGGUCAAAGGCAAAGGUGAAGAGACGAGGAAAGGCAUCAGGGGUCACGAGGACGAGGGGUCAAGGACAAAGUGAGGAGACGAGGGGAAUUGAGGCCGAGGAAACAAGGCAGGAAUGA